AUGGCCCACCUUGAACAACAGUUUCCAGACUCAACACACAUCUACACGGACGGCUCCUCCGCUAACGGAAGAUCAUCAAGUGCUUCCACUGUAAAAGGCUUCACCAAGGGAUACCGCCUGUCGCACGCAACAACUUCUACUGCUGCAGAACUACACGCCAUACUAAAAGCCCUCCGCCACAUCGACGGCUCCCCAGCACAAAAGAGGGUACUCUGCACAGACUCGAAAGCCGCCCUGGCCACUAUCAUCAAGCAGGAUACGGACGAUCAAAUGGUGUACCACAUCUACAAAGCAUACACAUCUGCAGUGGGAAGGGGGCACACCAUCUCCCUCCAGUGGAUACCUUCCCACUGCGGAAUACCAGGAAAUGAAGUAGCUGACCAGACAGCAAAGGAUGCACUGGGUAAAACCAAGUUAUCGGCAAUGCAUUUCACAAAAUCGGACACCAAGACAUUCCUCCACAAAUCGACAAUCAGAUGGUCCAAGGAAAGCUGGAAGCAAGCACUCCGGCACACAGAUUUCCUGUCUCACAUAGACCCCGAUCUCACGGCAAUCAUUCCUCAUGACAUCGGCCGAAGCCUCCACACGGCUAUUCACCGGAUUCGACUCGGCGCGCUAUAUACUGCCACCACCCAAUUCCAAAUCGGUAUUGUGGCCUCAAGACUGUGCGACAUCUGCAAAGUGCCCCAGGACACGUUACACGUACUUAUACAGUGCCCAGAACAAGCAGACGCAAGGGAAAGACUGUCCCAUGCACUUCAAACACUGGACAAAAGACCAUUCGCUUACUACAAAGUAAUGGGAAGAUGGCCUACAAGGGAACAAGACAUGAAGGCACUCAAGGCAUUGUGUGUCUACCUAAAAGAAAGCGGUAUACACAGCCGCUACUAG